UACAAAACAUUGUGAUAAAUGAAUGUAGGCAAUUGGUGGUUUCAAUUUCAUGCUUUCCAGAGCUAUGCAAAUUAAAAAUUGAGGGAUCGGAAGGGGUGGUGCAUAGAGGCAAGGUUGACUUCGGUUCACUACGCUUCUUGUCUCUUUCAACAAUUUCAGAUUUCACAUGUCAAAUAGAAGGGUUUAUCAUGGAAGGGCUGACAAACGUGGAAGAUUUGAGAAUUGAAACUUGUGAGGAGCUUACGCCUUUGUGGUCAAAUGAUGUGGGAUUACUACAACAUCUCCCAUGUCUUCGUCUUUUGAAUAUUUCUAAUUGUUCCAAACUUGUUUCUUUGGUGGCAAAAGAAGUGGAAGAGCAGCUACAUUUGGGUUGGCCAUCCAAACUCAAAGAAAUCAAGAUAUAUGAUUGCGAGGUCCUAGAAUGUUUACCCAAGGCAAUGAUGCACAACAACACAUGUGUUGAGUAUAUUCGUAUCACUAACUGUCCUUCCCUUACGUACUUUGCAGUAGACCAACUACCUCCAAUGCUAAAGCGGCUAUAUAUAAAAGGUUGUAAUAUGCUGAUUUCGUUGGAUGGGGAUGAUGUCAACAAUUGUGGCAGCAGCACAUCUCUUCUUGAGCACUUGACAAUUAGUAAUUGUCCAUCGCUCAAAUCAUUAACACCAAGCAGAGAAUUACCUACAACACUUAAAUCCCUCUCUAUUGAGAAUUGUAAGAAUCUGGAGUCGAUAGCGAAGAGCUUCCAUCACAACUCGUCUCUUGAAGUGAUUUAUAUCGAAUCUUGUGAGAAUCUUAAAUCCUUACCCAUGGGCAUACACAACCUCAACCAUCUGGAUAGGAUUAUUAUUUCCAAAUGUCAAACUCUUGUUUCCUUCCCAGACAAAGGGUUGCUCCCUGCCAACCUGAGAUCACUUUGGAUUGCCGAAUGUGAGAAAAUGCAGGUCUUGCCCAACUGCAUACAAAACCUCACCUCUCUUCAAGAAUUGAGGAUAAUAAAAUGUCCAAGCAUUAAUGUAUCCUUUUCGGAAGUAGGUUUUCCCACCAACCUAACAUCACUUUCUAUCGAUGAUAUGGCGUCGUUUAAUGAGGCCUUUUUUGAGUGGGGAUUGUACAAGCUUACCUCUCUUAAACAACUUGACAUUUCCGGUCACUCUUCGCAUCUGGUGUCCUUCCCAGUGAUGAUGCUACCUGCCUCUCUAACCGUCCUCAUCAUCAGAGACUUCCUGAAUUUGAAAUGCUUAUCUUCCAAAGGCUUUCAAAACCUUGCCUCUCUUCUAUUUUUGUUUAUCGAGAAUUGUGAAAAGCUCACGUCCUUCCCAGAGGAUGGCUUCUCUCCCUCAUUCCUGCAGCUUUAUAUCAGGAGAUGUCCUCUGCUAGAAAAACGUUGCAAGAAAGAUCGAGGACCAGAGUGGUUCAAGAUAGCCCACGUCCCUCGCGUUGAAAUUGAUGGGAGAUCAAUUUAUGAACCAGAAUAGGAGAAUCUGUGAAUCCGAGUUUUGUUUGAUGCAAGUAAAGUUCCAAGAAAUAAAUUCGAAGCAAGAUGAUAGGUGUUUGUUAAAAUGCCCAAGCGACCACAUGGAGGUCUUCGAAUAUUGAGUUUUUCAUUACUAUUUGACCAAUCACUGGGACCGUCCAAAACCAGGAGAAGAUGUAGAUGGGAUUAUCUUAACGUUGUAUUCCGGAUUAUGAAUAUAAAGAGAUGGUUCAAAAGGCUGGUGCAAAUUGUUACAACUUUCUCCAUCUGUGUAUUCCUGUAUAUUUAGAGAUCAACCAAUGUGUUGGUUUUCUGGUCCUGUGUCGAAUUGUAAGGGUGUGUGUCUUUAGCUAUCCCUUGCGUUAAAAUUGACGAGAGAUCAAUUUAUGAACCAGAAUAGGAGAAUCCAUGAAUCUGAGUUUUGUUUGAUGCAAGUAAAGUUUCAAGAAAUAAAUUCAAAAGUCAGUUUAUUGUUAAACAUCAUUUCUUUUUGCAUCUCCUAAUGGGAGAAUCACAGAUUGCCUUUCUUCUUCCCAACAACACUUGAUUCUGUCUUUUUUUUUUGGUCUAAAUGUUGGCGUUGGGUUCACUGAACGUUUCUAUUCUUGUUUGGUUUCCACGGCAAGAUGAUAGGUGUUUGUUAAAAUGUCCAAGCGACCACGUAGCGAGAGAAGGCCUUCGAGUAUUUAGUGAUUCAUUACUAUUUGACAUAUUGCUGGUCAUAUGGAUUUGACUAAUAACUAGGACCCUCAAAAAACAGGAGAAGAAGUAGAUGGGAUUAUCUUAAGGUUGUAUCUCCAUGAACAAACUGAUCUGGAUUAUGAAUAUGAAGAGGAUUGGUCACUGAGGACACUUGGUCUCUGUCUGGACACAAUGAAAAAAAUGGGAUCACUUCUUAUAGACUCAUUGAGAAUGAUUAUAAUCUAGUUCAUUGCCUAUUAGAGAAGUAGAAGCCAUUCUGGUGCGAUCCUCACAGACAGAAAGAUUGCAAUCAAUUUGAUAAUGAUCGAGUGACAUUGCUUCUUUGGCCUGAACCAAGGAAUCCUUUAGAUAUGAUGUAAAAUGGAUUUUGGUCUACCGUUGAUAAGAGAUCUCUCUAUGAACAAUAUGAAGAGUUUGAAGACGGGGAACGAACAAAUGCAGUAUCCCCAUGAAUGAACUGAUCAUGAUUAUUUAAUAUAAAGUG